GUCAGGCUAAAGAAGAGGGUAUAGCUCUGAAGAAACCCUGUAAAACGUUGAUCUGGAAGAAAUUGCUAUCUGCACAUAAAAUUGGUAAAUUUAUGAAACAUUUUGGAGCUAACAUUACUGGAAUUUCUGAAUAGAUGAUGCUUCUAUCAGUACUGAAUGUAAAAUAAAUAUGCAUUAGCUGUUAAUGAUAAGCAUCCAGUUGAGACUGUUUUGCAUUUUGUAUAUUCUGGAGUUCAGGCAUGAUGGUGAUCAUCUUUCUUUUUCAUCUGCUUCUGAUACAUGUUUCAGGUUCAUUAUAUGGGCCACGGCUCAUGAUAAGUCAUGUUGGAGGAUCAGUGACAAUCAAAUGCUAUUAUUCAACCACAAGCGCCAAUAAACAUGACAGAAAAUACUGGUGCAAGGAAUCCAGCUUUUCUCGUGGGAGGUGCCAAGUGAUUGUUUCAACAAAUCAUUUCACCCUUCAAGACUAUGAAGGAAGAGUAUCCAUCAAGGAUAGCCCUCAUAACGGGCUUUUGCAAAUAACAAUGACACAGCUGAAAAGGAAUGACUCCAGUAAUUACAGAUGUGGCAUUGGCAAAUCAACCCAUGGUUUAUUUGCUGGAGUGAAUGUAACUAUUUGGGAAGGUUUAAAUCUUCCUGAACCCCCCAAAAUUAUUUGGGGUAAACUGAGAGGGUCAGUGAUGAUCCAGUGUCCAUCUGAAACUACUGGAGAGCUGUGCAAACUGAGCAAAUUGGGCUGUUCUCCCAUAAGAAAAAUAAGCAAGGGCAGGAUGAAACAGCUGGAUGAAAGAAUUACUUUCACUGUGAUAGAUAUCUCAAAAACUUUCAACAUCACUAUAAAUGAACUGAGAAAAGAAGACUCUGGAAUCUAUAAGUGUGGAACUGAAGUACCCAAUGACUUUGGAAAAAUGAUACAACUUCAAGUCACAGAGGCAUCUGUUUUUUCCAACAUUGCAAAUGAAUUGCAAGGUACGUCUGUGCCAGAAACUCCUUUCAACAUACAUGUGAAACAAGACACAUAUGAGUCAGAAACUCCUUCCCACAGACAUGUGACAUCUGCAACUGACAUCUCAAAGGAAAGAUCCUCACAAACAAAGCAAAACUUUAUUUCAAUUAUAUUACCAAUUCUUCUUGUCCUCAUUCUGGUUCUUGCGGCCAUUGCUAUUGUUGUAUAUAUUAAGAUCAGACAGCAAAGGAAGUUUGAAAUUUCUACACAGAUGAAGGGAAAAAUGGCACUAGCCGACCCAAAGUGUUCAGAAGAACAACUUAAAGAGGAAAAUAAUGCCUCGGCAGAUGAAGAAGAGUCUACUACGGGCACAGGCAAAGACGGCAGAGUCGAAACUAUCUAUUGUUUGGUCAGCAACGACCCAGACACGACACAAGACACUGACUGA